UUGUUGACAUUUGGACUUUUGUUUCGAUAUUCUUAUCUUAGAAGUUCCUCAAUUCUCAAUCUUCUGCUCUAGUAAUUAAAACCAGUAACAGUUACGUAUCAAGAUGUCGUUACGUCCACUUGUGGAAGGCGACUGUGGAGCUGUUAAUCCGUUGAUGCAGUUGGGCGGUCAGUUCACCCGUGAUGUUGCCCACAAGGAUGAAGGUUUUGCCCAGGCGCAAUUCGAGCGCAGCUUACGUCCAGACGAGCAGCUAGUCAACGAUUUUCUUGGCCAAGUGGCUGCCCCACCGCAAUCUUUUCAAAUGGACACACUGAUGCAAGAGAUGCGUGGCAUCAAUAUCCAUGGAGCACCGCAGCAAAACGAGGUAGCCGGCCAAUGGAGCCGGGACUUUAUGCAGCAACAGCUGCCCAAUAAAGCUGUGCACUUGCCGCCGCAGCACCAACAUAUGCAGCACUCCCAGGAGUUCUUCGAUGAGCCGUUGAUCACCAGUCAAAACUUUAUGCCGCCACAAAUGAUGCGACAGCCAUAUAUGGCCAUCGCAGCUGCACCCCAGCAGCUGCAGCAGCAGCAGCAGCACGAUGCCUUUUUUGAUGAGAGCAUGGAGACGAUAAUAACCGACAAUUUGCCAAAGGUGGCCAAUUCCGGCGAGUCUGUCGAGGAUUGGAUUAGCGACUUUCAGCGCAACAAAGAGCACAACGAACAGACGGCCACAAAUUUCAAUGAAAAGUUCUGGCAGCGCCUGCAGGACGAAUGGCAGAAACUGGCCGAGGAGAACGAGCAUCCCUGGCUCUCCGAGUACAAUGAGAACCUGGACGCUUACAAAGAGUACGAAUUUGCUGAACAAAAUCCCAUGGCCGAACUGGACAACGCCUUCGAAAAGGGCAAGGAGUAUUUGACCAAGGGCGACAUACCCAGCGCCGUGCUCUGCUUUGAGGUGGCUGCUAAAAGGGAGCCGGAACGUGCCGAAAUCUGGCAGCUGCUGGGCGUCUCCCAGGCCGAAAACGAAAUGGAUCCACAAGGCAUCGCUGCACUGAAACGCGCACUCGAACUACAGCCGGAGAACCGGCAGGUGCUCAUGGCCCUAGCCGUUUGCUACACCAACGAAGGCCUGCAGAGCAAUGCGGUUAAAAUGCUCUCCAACUGGUUAGAGGCGCAUCCGCAGUAUAGGCAUUUACUGACCGCCUAUCCCCUGCUGCAAUCGGAGGGAACAUCGCUGGCCUCCUCCCUGAUUGGCGGCAACAAGCUGCGUGAUUUGCAGCAGGUCUAUUUGGAGGCGGUGCGCAUGCAACCCGCCCAAGUGGACGCCGAUUUACAGGAGGCACUCGGUGUCCUCUAUAAUCUAUCCGGCGAAUUUGACAAAGCGGUCGACUGCUAUCGUUCCGCCGUGCAUGUGGAUCCGCAAAAUGCCAAACUGUGGAAUCGUCUGGGCGCCAGCUUGGCCAACGGCUCACGCUCCGUGGAGGCGGUCGAAGCGUACCAGCAGGCACUUCAGCUACAGCCUGGUUUCAUACGCGUCCGCUACAAUGUCGGCGUCUGCUGCAUGAACCUGAAGGCCUACAAGGAGGCCGCCGAGCAUCUGAUUACGGCCCUAACUAUGCAGGCGCACACGAAUGCCGCAAGAGAGCUGCCCAAUGCACAGGCCCUUGGCCAGAAUCAGAUGUCUGAGUCCAUCUGGAGUACGCUGAGGAUGGUCAUUUCACUGAUGGGUCGCAGCGAGCUGCAGGGUCACAUCAACGAUCGCAACUUGGCGGCACUCAACGAGGCCUUUAAGGAUUAGGAUCUGUCGCCGAAAAGCAGCUGGUUGUUGGCUUUAUCUCUAUGUAAAUAAUGUUUUUCGUUUGCAUUCCCGUCAAUAUGUCAGGUUUUUCAUACGAUUGUUAAAUGAUUGUAAUGAACGUAUUUUUCUAUGUGUAAGCUUUUCGGAACUUAAAUUAAAUUGUUGUUGUCAAAUCUAA